CCUUACAGAGAGAGCUGUCACUGAAGACACGUCGGCAUGCCGUUGCUGUUCGUUUCGCUUGGGGUCGGCAUCGUGUGAAAGUCGUCAAGGCAUGCAUUCCGCCCUUGGAUUUGUGUUGGUGGUCGCUGCUCUUGCAGCACUUCUGGCACCUGUGUCUUCCUACGACGAAUGGCUACACGUCAUCAAUCAGCCAAAGAACGUUAGCGCUGUAGAGCAGCAGCGGCAGCUUGCUACACAACUUCUACAACUCUUCAGCAUCAGUGGCGGCGUUGCUGAGAAGGACGGUACAGGGGCUCCUCCUUCGCAGGCUCCGAACGGCAGUUUUAAGCCUUCCAAUCCCUACUGGCUCCUUGUUAAUGGGACACGCCAAGAGAUAGUUAAGAAUGACAACAGCUCUUCAAUACGAACUAGGAAACGACUCGAGCAAACCGUAUCCAAAGAGGUCUACACCGCUCAACCUUCGAGUAACGCGAUACCAAGUCCAGUGUACCAUAGUCCCACCUCUGCUGUAGCGUUCGACGUCCCUACACAUAGCGAAAGUCCUGAGACAAGCACAGAGCAGACCUACGUGUACGUGAGCUCUCCUCAAACUGUAGUUAAGGUCAAGUCGAACGACACUAGUAACAAUGUUGGACCAUCUACGCUACACACGGAACGGUUCACUAUCGAAGACGUACCGAGAUGGGACUCGAGCUGGUAUCCACUCAAACGCGAGGAAGUUUUACGGAAAAUGGAAGAAGCAAGAGUCAAACAUGAAAGCAGAAAGAGGGCAAACAGCAAAGUCCCAAAUAUUCGGGUAAUUCAACCCGUCCCAGUGUCGCCUGUUCUCUUCGAGGACGAAGCAACGCACUUCUCAAGCAGGCCCCGUAUUCAAGAAGUUCAAGAAUCAAGAAACUCUUAUCGCGGUCAACAUAGACCCUUCAAUGAUGUACCCGUGCCAUUUUCAGAACCAAUACCCCAUAGGAAGUUUUCCAUGCCUGAGGUCAUGCAGGAACCUUAUCCUGAUCCUGAACCCUUUCGCCCGAGACGCUACAAGAAAAUCUUUAGCUUGAACGGGGCGCCUGUUUACACGGCAUCCAGUUCAGUGGUUGUACCCGUACGCGUCAGACCGACGAACCAGCUAUUGGGACAACAUCAGAAACAUGCGUCUGGCCAAGAACUCUUGAAGGACGACUCCCGCAGACUCCAGAAAGAGUACGGUCGUAACCUUACCAGUUUCGGGGCCCCUCGAAAACCAUUGGUAACCUUUACGCGUGUGACGCCUCCACUGCAGCAGGCCAAACCUGUGGUUCGCUUUGUGAGGCACAGAGAGCACAGUGCCUUGAACUUUCCACCAGCGAUUCCCUCUUCGGACGAAGUUCAUCUCCCAAUGUUUGCAAUUACUCCGAGAAGUGGAGGGGACGAGUCGGUCGAUGACACUUCUUCUGCGUCUGAGGAGGAACAACACUCGUGGAUACCUGGUGACGUCACGAAACCCACCGCCAUACGGUACGCAAGAUCAGUGAAGUCAGUCGCAAGACGUGAUACGAUCGCUGUCAACAGCUCGAAUCCUUUAGACGACAGCGAAACGAUUAAACCCAGUGCUAUGUGGCGCGGACUUGCAGAGCCCAACUUCUACCAGAAACCAAACCAGACAUCGACAAUCGAAUCACCUAGAUCAUCCCAACGACGUAUUGACUUCGCUGCCGCUUCAGUGUCGCCUUUUGACGCAACACCUAUCGGCAAUGAAUUCCGUGUGUCCACCGUUUACGGCAGGAAGACUCACCAGAAGCCUGCACUGCCGUCUACCCUCGACAAGGCUGACGGGCUGAGCGGGAGACGCCAUGAUGAUGACCUCUUUAGGGACAGUCGCACGCCGUGGAGUGGUAAGCCCUUUGGCGAAGAGAAAGGCGAUGACUAUCUUCUACCUAAGCGCGAAAAGGAUAAUUAUCGUCCUGAUAGUUCAACGCGCUUCCCACCGAACGGGCCCAAACAGCACGGCACUAUUGACAAAUUUGACCCAGAGUUUGACAGGCCACGGUACCUAACACCCCCUCCACUUUUCCCAGACAAUUACAAGUCGAAGCCGAAGAACGAGUACGGUCCAGAAAGGCCGUUCUUUAACAGAUAUCACGAAGAGAAACCCAACCACCUCCUCCCGCACGGGCCUCCUGAUAAGCGGCCAAACAGUAUCAACGAUAAGCUGGAAGAAAUCCCGGAGAGGUUCGACGACCUUGGGGCAUGGAAGUACAUGUCGCGCCCUGGUUUUCCACCUUACCGAUAUCCGGGACCUUACGGUGGGUCCCUUGGAGGGCCCUUUGGAGGGUCGUUUGGAGGACCUGGUGCUGAAGUGGGCAUUGGCACAAUCAUUCCAGUCAAGAAACAUAAGUUUAACGGCUUAUUUGGAAAAGGUGGGAUAACGGGGGGUGGAAUUUUUGGCGGAUUGCAUCAUCAAGGUUGGUAUUGCCCGUGCAGUUUCUACCCUCCAGCAGGUCGCUUUGUGACGGCAGGGUUUCCUGGAUUCUGGAGUGGACCUCCAGGAAUUGGGCGAUAGCAGCGCUGUGCUUUCAUCCAUGGAAUGAGCUACGGUAUGCACGAAGGAAUGGAGCCUUGUUGUGUUUAGUGGCAUCCUUUCUGACAAUAGCAGCAUUGUUCAUGGACUUCAGAGUCGUGGUUUGGUCGCAGAACUCUUGUGAUACCUUGUCUGCAGAGCAGACUUGUGACACCGGAUGGAAGUUUGCAACAACACCUUUCAUCAUUGCACAUACGUGCACAAUUCCUGCUGAACUCGAAGUACUCGCCGAUAUAUUUUCUUUGGUGAAGUGAAUUAUAUCCGGUAGACCCAGUUGUUUUCGCAAGUAUCGCGGAAGAGUAGAAGUUCGCCACAAGGCAUUAAAGCAUAGACGUGCAUAUGUAAAAUCAUUUUGUGUAGUGGACCGUCGUGGCAUGAACAAAGGAAAUAAACAUAUAAAAUUGC